AGAAUUUUUUUAAAUCGAGAAACAAACAUUCUAAGCCAGAGGUAGAGCUAGUUGCAAAAACGCUUGGGUCUCAAAGAGUUACAUUGAAUAACAGGAUGUUAGUUUUGGACAUUGUACUCUUAAGGGUGAUGUUUUUUUCUGAAUGGUAGCAACUCUGUAGACACAAUCAACAGUGAGACAUUCACAUGCAAACCAGGAGUCCUACCACAAUGGAGAUUGGUGACAUGAUUGAGAUAAACAAAGGUGCAUACAACCACUGGGCUCUGUACAUUGGAAAUGGAGAGGUCAUCCAUUUGGUAACUCCAGAUGGCCCAUCAAAAGUAGCUUUCUGCAGUGUUAGCUCAUCCAGCAGCAGUCUUUCCGGUAAAGGCACGAUUACAAUAGAUACGUUAAAGGGUGUGGCAGCAGGGAAUACUUACGGAGUCAACAACUACUUGGAUGACAAGUACAAACCAAGGACGACUGAGGUCAUUAUGGAGGAGGUGAACAAAAUGAGAGGUCGCACAAUAGAAUAUGAACUCCUUGGACACAACUGCGAGCAUUUUGUAACUUUCCUCCGUUAUGGCGAAUCAGAGUCCAAACAGGCAGAUGACUUCAUAAAGCGUGUGUUAGAUGCAACACUGGUUGUAUCGGCUGUUUUAGUAGGUGGUGCUACUGCUGCUGCUAGAGCAACCAAACAUGAUAAAUAAUAUAUUGGGUCUGCUGCUGCUGUAGCAAUCAAACAUAGUAAAUAAUUUAUUGGGUCUCAUGAGUCUAAAUCAAAUCAAAUGUUAUUUGUCACAUACACGUGUUUAGCAGAUGUUGUUGCGGGUGUAGCGAAAUGCUUGUAUUCUAGCUCCGACAGUGCAGUAAUAUCUAACAAGGAAUAUCUAACAAUUUCCCAAUACACACAAAUCUAAGUAAGGAAUGGAAUUUAAGAAUAUAUACAUAUAUACAUAUUGCAAAGUUUCCUAAGAGCUAGUCGCGAUGCCGCCAUAUUCGUCGGCGCCAGGUAUGGAGAAUGUCAGUGAUGCAAAAUGUUGUUUAUAGCCCAAUGAAUAAAGGACCAUCUCAAAGACCAA